GACUGAAGGUAUCAAUGGUUAUGUCACCAACUCAGCGACCAAAGGGUGUGCUUGGUUUCUGGGCAUCCUUGAUGACGGCAUUGGGGAAUAUGGAAAAUAUGCCAGUGAGGAUACACCAGAGGUUUGUGGAAAAUGUUUCUAUGCGACAAAGUGCUAUUAUCAGUAAUGCUACCUCAAAUGUACAAAAGGAUCUUCUUAGCCAACCUCUACAGCUGCUUUCUGGCGUGGAUAUUCUUGGGAAUGCAAGCAGUGCACUUGAACACAUAAGUAAGGGUGCUGCAGCUAUAUCAAUGGAUAAGAAAUUUAUCCAGAGCCGACAAAGACAGGAGAAAGUGGGUGACUUUGGUGAUGUUGUCCGAGAAGGAGGUGGAGCACUUGCAAAAAGCCUAUUCAGAGGAGUAACAGGAAUGUUCACAAAGCCUCUUGAGGGUGCAAAAUCAUCUGGUGUUGAGGGUUUUGUUCAGGGUGUUGGAAAAGGAUUAAUAGGUGUUGCUGCUCAACCAGUAAGUGGAGUGCUGGAUCUUUUGUCAAAAACUACUUAGGGUGCCAAUGCAAUGAGAAUGAAGAUACAGGCUGCUCUAACUUCUGAAGAACAACUCCUACGGAGGAGAAUGCCGCGUGUAGUUAGUGGUGAUAACCUGCUUCGACCUUAUGAUGAGUAUAAAGCACAAGGACAG